AUGAAGAUCUACUUCGCCACUUUGCUAGUCCUCGGACUUGUGGUUGGGUCUGCCGUGUCGCAGGCUGCGCUUCCGGGUCAGUUCCCAAGUCACGCGGGUCUUGUGUUCCUGAACAGGUUCUGUGACGCCACAGUGCUCAACAAUCGACAUGUCCUUACGGCCGCGACGUGCGCCUUGAACGCCAACAACGAGCGCUUGGCACCAACUGUCUACACCCUCUUCGUGUCCACUGUGAACAUUGUUCAGGGUGCGACAGGAAUGGCAGUCAGCCACGUUUUCGUCCAUGAACACUACAAUCCUGACGAGCAGUGGAACAAUGUUGCAGUGCUGCGAACAACUGCAGACAUCAAUUUCAAUCCUGCUCCGCCAUUGCCGCCCGUCGAGGCAGUGGAAUUCUACACAAGGAUAGUUCCUGACACCGCCCCGUGCACCCUUGUGGGCUGGAAUUCACCCCCUCAGCACCUGAAUGUUCCUCUUCAGCACCAACAGCAGAACAUCUUCAAUCGCGACCACUGCAACACUUUGAAUGAAAUUGCCGGCAGAGUUCAAAAUUCAAUGAUCUGCGCUGGAUCUGUGGUUGGCAAUCCAAAUCCUUGUGCUAACAAUCCCGGAGGAGCUCUUUACUGUGACAAUCGCCUCGUCGCCAUUAUGUCGCACAAUCGCCGAUGUGGUCAGCCGAACGCACCUGGCGUCUACACAGCCAUUAGGUUCCACAGCACCUGGAUUCAGCAGCAGUUCAACAGGACGGAUUUGCCUGCAGCCGGACCAACUCCUGCUCCAGGUCACCCGAACCUGGGAGGCUCUGGCAAUGCACUGAAAUCCUCCUUCUUCGUCCUUCUGUCGCUCCUCGCUCUGCGACUGUUCGCCUAG